AUAAAAUCCACAAAAUCGAUAACUGAGAGAGAAUCUAGAGAAUCUAGACCGAGCCCUUGCAAUUUACUCGGCUCCGAACCCGGUGCUCGGCUGGAACUUCGGGUCGUCCGUGGCAGAAGCACUCCUCCGUGUCGGCUCACGAUUCGUGACCCGGAAUACUGCAUCUUACCCCUCCGGCACUUCAAUCUUCUCGGAGCCUUAUCUGGAUUGUCUCUUUACGGAUAUUCCAUCGAUUUGCGGAUAUUUCACGAACCAAUGGCUUCUCCACGUCGGUCGCAGCGCCGCAUUGUCGGUGUCUCGACCAAGAUGUACUUUUCCGCAUCCCGGACAGGCCAAUACGUCGACCAACUCCUUCAGCUCCUCUCCGACUCGGACGCAACGCCAUUGGACCAUGUCGAUGUCUUCAUCGUCCCAGACCACGUCACCCUUGUUUCAGUGAUCAACAAGGUCCAAGGCAAGAAGAUCUGGUGUGGCGCACAAGAUACUUUCCACGAGGACACAGGCGCAUAUACCGGUGAAGUGUCACCAGCUGUGCUGGCUGAAGUUGGCUGCCGUCUCGUUGAAGUGGGACACGCUGAACGGCGGCGUUUGUUUGGGGAGACAGACGAGAUCACCGCGAAGAAGGCCGCGGCUACUACGCGAAACGGGAUGAUGCCACUGGUGUGCAUCGGCGAGAAGAUGCGUGGCGAGACGUCCAUCUCAGCCGUGGACGAGUGCCGUUGCCAGGUUGAGUCUGUUUUGGCGGCAGUGCCGGAUGAUGCUGAGGUCAUCCUUGCAUAUGAGCCGGUAUGGGCCAUCGGCGCGUCGCAGCCCGCCGAAGUUGGCUAUGUCGUCGAAGUCACGUCUGCAAUCCGACAACUCGAGUGCAUACAGAAGCGAAGUGGCACAACCAGGAUUCUUUACGGCGGAAGUGCAGGGCCAGGGCUGUUCCAGAAGUUGAAAGAUGGUGUGGAUGGGUUGUUCUUGGGGAGGUUUGCGCAUGACCCGGCGCAGUUUUACAAGACCAUUCAGGAAGUCGCUACAGCGUAAGCUGUUCAUAGGAUAGACCUGUACUGAGAUCAUGUAAACGUUUGUUCGGAUUUCCUUUCAAUGGUACAUGGCACUCCCUCGCUCGGUGAUUAUUGCUUCAGGGUAGUGGGUUGUAUUGUGCUCAGCUGUAAUUUUUACAGAAUUGACUAUUCAGGCACGACUACUCAGACAAACCCAGUGUCAGCCCAUGUCACACCUAUCGUCAACUUUAG